AGAUUAAAUGAACAACACUUCAUUUACCAACUCCAUUUUACAGGCCAAAAGGCAAAUCCCCACAAAAGAUGUAGGGUUUGCUGCAAGAAUGGCAGCCGUUGCGAGUCAGGAUACUACUGUCCGAAAUGCCCGGGCCAACCAGGGCUUUGUAUUGGACGCUGUUUUGAA